GCAGCACUUGUAUGUAAACAAAAACACGUUUUUAACUGUCAAUAUUUACCACAUAUUUACACUUAAAAAUUUUACCAAAAUUUAAAGUUAAUAAAAACUAUAUCUUAAAUAACUUUUUAUAGUCCAGAAAACCGGAAAACCAUGGUUUCCUAGGAUGCACUAUUAAGGAAUAAAACAUAACAUUCCAAGGUAUAAGUCUAUCUGUAAAGCACAGUUCUAACCUGCAAAAAACAUGAAUUCGGAAAUAUUAGACUCCAAAUACAACAUAGGAAAUAAAAAUAACGCCUCAAAAAUCUCGCUAAAGCUCAAACCAACCCCUAUUUUAUUCAACAAUAAGAAUGGACCCUCUUCUCCAAAAAAAAUGAAACUAAGUGACAAUGGCUUAACCAAGAGAGCUAUAACAUUUGGAAAUAUAAAUGGUAACUCUGUAAGGCCUAAAAUUAGCAUACAAGAACAGAAAAGAAAUUUGCCUAUAUUUGCCAACAGAAAUAAAUUAAUUGAUUUGAUAAAAAGGCAUAGAACUUUGAUAAUACUGGGUGAGGCUGGCAGUGGUAAGACCACUCAAAUUCCUCAGUAUAUUAACUCAGCUCGGCUGCAAGAGAAUGGGAAGAUAGCUAUUACUCAACCAAGGAGAGUAGCUGCUAUUAGUGUUGCAUUAAGGGUUGCACAAGAAUACGGAAAUGGAAUGGGUGUAGGUGAUUAUGUAGGCUACACAGUUCGGUUUGAGGAUGUCACAUCUAAAAAAACCAAAAUUAAAUAUGUAACAGAUGGUAUGUUACUUAGAGAGGCUAUUAGCGAUCGACUCUUAAUGGAAUAUACUGUAGUAAUACUGGAUGAAGCCCAUGAAAGAACUAUCCACACUGACGUGCUCUUUGGCAUUGUUAAAAAGGCUCAAAAAAUUAGAGAAGAACGAAAUUUGGCACCUUUAAAGAUUAUUAUAACUUCUGCUACCAUGGACGUGGACCAUUUUUCAAAAUACUUUGACAACUGCAGUGUGGUAUAUCUCGAAGGCAGGACCUACCCAGUGAAUAUACAUUACACGAAAAAACCACAGGAUGACUACCAGACCAGUUGUGUAUCCACAUUCUUUCAAAUCCACAAAAAUGCUCCUCCUGAUCAUGACGUUUUAAUUUUCCUUACUGGCCAGGAAGAAAUUGAAACAUGUGCCCAUCAAAUCAGAAUCCUUGCUAAAGACCCUGAAGUUGAGGGUCCUCCAGUGAAAGUAUGUACUCUAUAUGCUGCACAACCUGGUACUCAACAAAUGGCAGUAUUUAAUUCAGCACCACCUGGCACUAGGAAGGUUGUGAUAAGUACCAAUAUUGCUGAGACCAGUGUUACCAUCAGUGGUAUUAAAUAUGUUAUUGAUAGUGGUAUGGUGAAAGCAAGAUCCUAUCAUCCAUCUACUGGCCUAGAGCUCUUAAAAGUUCAAAGGAUAUCACGCGAACAAGCGGAUCAGCGUACAGGACGUGCAGGUCGGGAAUCUCAAGGAUUUUGCUAUAGGGUGUACACAAAAUCACAGUUUGAACUUAUGAGGAAAGCCACCAUUCCGGAAAUCCAAAAGGCUAACCUCAAUUCGGUAGCUUUGCAACUUUUAGCCCUGAAUGUUCACAUGAAGAACUUUGAUUUUAUGGAUAAGCCACCAUCCGAAGCUAUUGAUGCCGCGUUUGAUCAGUUAAAGCUGCUCGGUGCUGUAGAAAAUGUUGAUAGUGGAGAACUUACUGCUUUAGGGAAAAGAAUGGCUAAGUUUCCUUUGGAUCCUAGGCUUAGUAAAGUUUUAAUUAUGGCUGAAAAAUACUCUUGUCUAAAAGAGGCUCUCACAAUAGUAGCCCUACUGUCAAGCGAAUCAAUUCUAAUAAAUCCCCCGUCAAAACGGGAACAAGCCCAACUAUCCCGUCAAAAAUUCAGAAGUGGUUACGGCGACCACAUAACGCUCUUAAAUAUAUACAGGGCGUUUGAAAAUAUUGGCAAACAUAACGUCGGUGGAUGGUGCCACGAACAUUUCGUCAAUAUGAGAAACAUUUUAUAUGUCAGGGAGGUUAGGAACCAGUUGCAGGAAAUAUGCAAAAAAUGUGAUAUAGCGAGCUCGUCUUGUGGUAGCCAAAUGGACCAGCUCAGGAAAUGUUUACUUAGUGGGCUUUGUAUGAAUGUCGCAGAGCUCCAUAGAGAUAGACAAUAUAUCACACUGGAUAAACGUCAAAUAACCCAAAUACACCCCAGCUCCGUUGUCCAUGGACAACAACCGCACUACGUCAUAUUCACCGAGGUAGUACAAACGACGAAAUGCUACCUCAGAGACCUAACCACUAUCGAAGGUGAUUGGCUACAAGAAGUGGCUCCCAAUUACUUUAAGAAUCACAGAUUUAAUUUAAACGGAAACGCUUGACGUUUUUUAUGAGUGCAUCACCUAAAAACUGUUUUUUGUUGUAUAUGAUGACCUUUAAAACCUACGUGCCUUGUUUUAAGCUGACAGUUUUUUAAUCAUUUGGAUUAUGUAAACGCGAGGCACAUACUAUUGUUAAUUAACCUGUAAUUAUUAAUUGUUUAAAUAGUAAGUUAAAUUUUUAUUGUCAUUUGAGUCCUUUAAACUAGGAACUUUUAAAUUUUUAAUUUUUUCUUUGUUACGACUCUUUUUGAAGAUAUUGCAUAAAGUUGUGAAAAUUAAUUGAUUUUAAAUGCUUUGACUUGUUAAUAAUUUAUACAGAAUGACAUUACUAAAGAAUUGUGCCAAUGUCUAUUAUAACUUUAAUUUAAUUAAUCACUUUUAAAUUGAAUAAAUUAGUUAUAUUUGA